AUGACAGCACGAACGGAAAGAGUAAGCCGUCCCCGCGGUUGCGCCUUUCUUGGUACAGCGCUUCCCGUACAUUACAUCUAUGCUGUUCCCACAUUUUUACAUAUGGAAAAAAACACAAAAAAAUUACAUAUGAGAAAAACACAAAAAAACUACAUAGGAGAAAAACGCAAAAAAAUUACAUAUGAGAAAAACGCAAAAAAAUUACAUAUGAGAAAAACACCAAAAAAAUUACAUAUGAGAAGAACAGUUCGCUCUGCUUCAGUGCUAAACCCAAACUUUGCUUCUUCAGGAUUUUACUUUUCAGCUUAUAAGAAGAACACAAAAAAAUACACAGUCGCGGAACGCAGAAAAGUACGUAUGGGAUAUUAGACGUACUCUCCUCUUUCUCCAUCUCCUGGUGUCAAUUUUAAUUUUCUCGAAAACGUAUAUUAGAUAAUCACAAAAAGACUUCGCUGAGCUAGCAAACAUAGGAACGAAACGCGAAGGGACCGAAGUUGCGCUCUGAUCUUUUGAUGAGCGCGCUUCUCCCUACUUAGGAUUUGCGUGGCCUCAUAUUUGAUCAUAAGGCUUCUCCGUGUCGACGGUUGCCCAUUGGAAGUAUGAGGACUCCAUGUUAUGCAGUUGUAAGCGGCCAACUGCACCAGCGGUCAACUGCACCAGCGGCAGCUGCUGUUCACCGUCGUGAGCAGAGCCGCUAUUUACGAGCAUAGUCAGGUAGUACUUAAGCGGUCGCGCUUUUAUAACUGUCCCUGCUUAUGUAAGUAAAGAGAAAGUGAAAGACCGAAGUAGACUUGAACUACAAAGACAUAGCCUGUUGCUACUCUGACUUAUAUCGUGCCCGCCACAUACUUUCCACCCUUUGUCGACUUUUAUUCCCUAGCCGUACUCUAGAUACCUUUCUCCACCAUAGCAUAGCACAAGCAAAAAUUGCAUAUCCUGCUCAGCUGCGUGUUGCGUAGCAUACCCAUGCAGCUUCGCCGCAUGCUCUAGCAUACAUAUUUCUUUGAAAACACUAAAAAAAUAUAACCAACAUAUGCGAAAAAACCAAAAAAAAUCCAGUUACGUGCACGAAAAAAACAAAAAAAAUACAUAUACGCAGCCGAAGAGAACUCGAACUACAAAGACAUAGCCUGUUGGUGUUGUAGUUUUUAUCUCACCUCUCACCACAUAUUUUCGCUAUCUGCGAGCAAUUCCUCUCACCAUUUGUGAUGGUCGGCUAGCAAGACCUCGAAUUCCGUAAUGCAUGACAGCACAGAGCAGGAGAGCGAGAGCCAGAGCGCUAGCGUGCUCGCAGUAAGUAAGUAGGAAAAACUGCUGCUUAUUAUUUUGUAUUUUGACAUACUAAACCUAAACGUAAACGUAAACCUACAUCGACAUGGAGUAUGAGUGGCCUGCUCUGAAACUGAAACUUCUUGUAAUGCACGCUCGCUUGCAGAAUUUGAAUUCAAUUUGGUUUCUGUGUGUCCCUCGCGUGGCAGCACCCCCUAUGUCAUGUCACCUUACAGCCCGAGCCAGACGUAUUUGCAGUUGAUACGCGAUCCCAAAACCCCAACUCCAACCCCAGUAGACCCGAAACAUGAAGAUAUGCCCCAAAGCUACAUAUGUGCCCCAAGAACCCAAAUAAAAGUAGGUCCGUGCGAAAAAGCACAUGAAAAGCUGCUGCCAUGGUGAAGAACGGUUAGUACAAGCGCAGGCCCUAGAGUGUAACAUGAACGGAAUCGGGCUACAAGGCCACAGGUAAAUCACCCCUGCGUCUUCCGGUCGGCCUUUACGAAACUGACUACAAAAAACCGCGACGGUAGAAAAGGGGCGGUCUAGUCUACGGUCUAGAUCGUCUCCACUACCAUUCGAAAAAACGCAAGUCCCAGCUAUAGUACAACAGGAGCGGCAUCCGACCCGAGUGUAGUCAGCCGGACCAUUUUUAGAAGACGUUGCGAGGUGGGCGGAGAGGCAUCACGCGUGCAGUGGAACGAGAGGAAGGCCAGCGUUCAACUGUGUGAUGUUCGUCGUAUACUGUCCUGCCUAGUUCACUAUUCGACUCCCUUCCACUUUUUGGUCCUUUUGGUGCGUUCACGCACAUCCAGGAUUUUUGUGGUCGGGAGCCCGCCGAAGUUUUGCGCGCGGGUUUAGCCCUCUUCUACCCCCCGAAAAAAGGCACGUCUUCGGACCCUUCAGGUCGGUGCCCCUCCGCCCGCGUUGCGCCCGCGCUUCGCCAUCAGCAUCAGCAUCAACUAUGUAGGUUAUCUCUCUCUCUCUC